GCGGUUAUCAUCAGGGUGGGACAGGGCGUGAUUCUGCAGCAGCAGCAGCAGCAGCAGCAGCACUCACAGGACCAGGACUCGGAGCCAACCGGAGCUUAGCGCCGCUAGCUGAAUUAGCUCAUUGGGUAGCUUUUCGUUCUGGAUACGAAUCAACAGAAUUUGCUAUGUUGAUGGGUGAAUAUUAAACCCGUGUUAACCGUUCCAGGUAACUGUCCCGUGAUUGAUUUAAAACGCAAAUUUUCUAUUGGUGUUACUAGGCUGAAGAUUGGCAGAUAGCCAGCUAACAGGAGCUACCAGCUGAGGGUCUGUCUCCGUCUCCUCUGUCAGCGAUAAAAGCUGCUGAUGCUGCCCGGCUAAAGCCGCCUAGCUCAGGCUAGCAGGUGUUAUGCCGUAGAAUGCACCCCUUGCAUCCCAGCCACUCAUUCGCUUCUUAAAGUGGGAGAAAAUGAUCUCAUAUUUAUAAAAAAAAAACAAAAAACAUUAUUGGCUCAUGAUAACAUGUCAAAUGGAGCAGCAAACUUUCGUUCUGUUUUAAGUGUCUCAAAAAUGCACAUAUAGAGGUGCAUAUGGGUUUAUAAACUGUACAGUUAGCUUUCAAGGUAGAGAACAUUAUAUUUUCGAAUUAGAGGACUAUUGUUUUCGGCUUAUCUUAAUAUUCUGAAUGAAAUUAUUAAAUUCACACGCUUUUAAAACCAUCCAACGGUGAAGAAAACUUGGAUUAUUUCGCCUUGUUCUGUACUUUCAACCGCGCUCCCAUCAGAGGGUGGCAUUCUACAGCAGGGGUGCAUUCUACGACACAACACCUGUUAGCCCUUAGCCACUUAGCGGGGUUUAGCUGGAUGAAAUAACGGCUCCACCUGAGCCUCGGUUACUCACGCUUUGUCCACCAGCUCUCUGACUUUCCACAUAUUCAGCAUCUCCGCACGGAACUGCGGGCUCGCCGCCUCGGGUACUGCGUUGCCCCCGUGUCUCUACGCCCCCACCACAAGACAGAGGUGCUAUCCGGUUACCGACGACGGUCUCCCCCCCCCGACUCCUCGUUAAGAUCCGGUAGUACAGCGGAGCAGUGGUCGCUCGCUGCGGUUAACGGACCGGCCCCAGUUGCUACGGAAACGUCGUUCUCUGCCUACGUCACUGAAACGUCGGAAUGUUCCAGUGUACAGCGAGAGAGCGGGCAAAACUCAUAGAAGUGUGACGCAGGUACAAAGAAACGAAUUUUAAAUGAUCGACAUUUUAAUGAAGGCGCGUGAUGAAGGGUUUGUGUCAUACUUAUGUACACUUCAGCACGGCGAUGGUUGAAUACAGAGAGGUUAACAGAUAACAGACGGUCAAAGUCGCGGCGACAUCCUAAAUAAUUGUAAAGACAGUAUUUUUAUUUUCUAAUUUUUAAAAUAUUCGUGUGAUUGCCUGGUUUCCCCCCACAAGAUUACAUCUGAUACGCGUUAAAGUGAAAAAGAUUAGUCCAGAUACUUUCAAUUUUGCAGUUUUUAAGACUUCAUCAAGAUGAAUGGUGAGAGAAAUGAAAUUUCUAAUUUAAAAAAUUAAAAAAUAGCGAUCAAAAAUGAAUAAUGUACAGGGAACAAGUCAAUAGUAGGGGAGAGCGGGGUGAGAUGAGUCAUUUUUCAUAUUUCAGAUCACUACAUCAAGUCAAUCUUAGGUCGUGUUCACACCUAAAGGUCCGUCUCCUGAUUCGAAUUCGAGGCAAGACGAUACUUUUCUUUUGAUUGUUUAACUGGUCCGGUUUGCGUUCACAUGGACAAACUCAAUCGCUCCAGAAAAAGGAACCGGAAGUCACGUGACCGUGAAUAUCGUUCGGUUAUUGGUCAUUAGUUCAUGCGAUAAUACAAACCCUGCUCUGCUGUCUUCGCCUGUCAUGGAGCAUCGUAGGCUGAUUUCGCUUUUGCUACUCAUCUGGAGUGCGUAUCAAAAGACGCUAGUCGAUCGCGCGUAUGAACGGCUCGUUAGCCAGCGAGCGUAAACUGCGGCAUUAAUUAAUACAUUUGAAUUUGAAUUUGAACAUUUGAAUACAUUUGAUUUGAAAAAAUCUGAAUUGCACUGUUCACACUUAAAUGAAAAAAUCAGACAUGUGUCACAUAUGGUUAAAAAAUCGAAAAUGACCUGCAGUGUGAACAUAGCCAUAGUUUUGUCUCUAACUAGUGCAUCUGCAUAUAUUUCAAGAUGUUGUGCAUCCCUGCAAACCAACAGAAUGAGUGUCAACUGUCUUGGUAAUAUAGCAUGCCAAAAAUCUUAUUUUAUUUUCAGAAUUGACAUAGAACCAUACAUCAUUUUAAGUAAAAUAAGGUAGAAAAUGACAAGAAAAUGAUAAAAUAUGAGGGGGGAAAAAAAACAAAGAAACAAAAAGAAGGUUAAACAAAGAAAAACCCCAACAACACAUCGUGUCAUCAACUAAAGAAAUAUGAGUCCUUGUAUGUAUUAAAAAAGUAAUUAUGUAAAUAAUAUUGUAUUUAUGAGAAACUGAGUCCACAAGUCUGUGUGGAGGACUUUCAUGACUCCAAAUGCCCCCAAAACUGCAGUGUCCCGUGAUGUCUUUUCCAUUUUGUCUUCAGUAUCUGAACAGUUAACGUGUUCUUGGCUCAAGCUCUAGCCAACCACAGCUUGUAUCAUUGAUGAGUUGGCUCAGUUAUUAAGGUCUGCAAUCUGGUCAAAAAGAAAGCAGAAUAAAGGCAUGUGUCUCUGACUGAGUGAUGGUCUUCUGUGAUAAAACUGUGCUGCUGGGCUGGUUCUCUCGGUGUUUCAUUGUCGGAGUGUUUCCUUGGUCUCACUUAAGGUUUGACAUCUUUUCACUUUUUUCUAUGUAUCGGAUAGUUUCACUGAAAAAUUCUGUGUUUGCUAUGAGAAUACUUUUUGAUUCUUUGCUGAGCAUUAUCAGUGUAAUAUAUUGUAAAAAAUGUUCAUAGUACAGACUGUCCAUACCUCUAUCAAGCCAAUAUUAUCAUUCAUCCCAACCUAAAAAUGUUAAUAGUGACCUAUAGAGGAGGAGUGAUAGUAACUUAAUUGGAGGGAGGGAACUUGUCAUGUUACUGCUAUGAAACCAACCCUAGAACACUAUCGCCGGGUGAUUUUCACUAGACCAAACAUGUUCACGUGAUUUUCAUUAUGUUGUGUUUGUCUGAGUAUCAUGGGUCUCUGGGUAGCUUCAGCAAUCCUUUGACAUCUUUGAAGGCAUAUUUGUUUCCCUGAUCCAAAACCUGCUUUUUCCUACAGGCACGUGUUCACAGGGUGAUUUUCACCCAGCAAUAGUGAUUGAGGGUAAAGUAGGUUUGGGUGGAUUUGAUAGCUGCAUGUAGGCGAAUAAGGUCAGUAGGAUUGGUUCUGGAAUUUUGAUGCUAUCUUUAUUUAGCGCAGUGGUUAUGAAUAACUAUCACAAAGUAGUGAUCUUAAGGGAAUUCAUGUGGUGAUAAGAAAUAUUUUAGUCAGCUUUAGUCAGUAGUUCAGGAGGUAGAGCGGUCAGCUAAUAACUGAAAGGUUGGCGGUUCGAUCUAUAAAAAAAUUAUUUAAAAAAUUAUAUUCUGUGUAAUUAAUUUCUAAAGUUUGUCCACACCUCUAUGAGGAUUGCUGGAGGAGGCGGGAUUUAUGACCUAUACUGCAGCCCGUCACUAGAGGGUGCUGUUCUUGGAGUGGAUUCACCCAGCGAGGAGGCAGACAGCGUCCAUUCUAUAUACAGUCUGUGGUCAAGAAUCAUUAAGCUUCUUAAAUCUUCCCAUACUUCUUUAUCCAGGGGUCUCAGCUCUGUCUUCGAGUAAAUAUAUCUGGUGGUUCAGGUUGGGUUGCCAUGGUGACCCCCCUGCAGCAAAUCAACAAUCUCACCUCCGGGAAGAGCUCGGACUUUUCCGCCGCCGCCAGCGAGCUGAGCCCCGCAGGUCGCACCACGGUGGCGGUCGUCCUCGGGUUCAUCCUCGUCCUGGGUUUCUCCGGUAACUUCGUGGUCCUGCUGGUGUUCUCGCGCUUCCCUCAGCUUCAGACCCCCACGAGCACGCUGCUCAUCAAUAUCAGCGCGAGCGACAUGCUCGUGUGCAUCUUCGGGACUCCUCUCAGCUUCGCCGCCAGUGUGCGCGGGAAGUGGCUGACCGGCUCCUACGGGUGCCUGUGGUACGGUUUCUCAAACGCGCUUUUCGGUAAGUUGGCCUUUAGAAAAUAAACUGAUACUGUAACCUACAAUUACAUACAUAAGCUUGUGAAUACAGAUUUUUUAUAUAUAUAUACCCACUUGCGCUAAACGUUGUAGUUUGUAAAAGAAAAAAAAAUGGGGCCAAUGCAACAAAUUGCCAAAUUUGACUAUUAUAAUAUUUACUAACUUCUUAAUUCUAUUUCCAAUUUAGAUAUUUUUUGUGCCUGACUUUGAUGUUCACUUUCAUGUAAAAAAAAAAAAAGAAAAUUUUGUCUUUGUUUUGUUAUCUGCAAAAUCCACUGUGACAUCUUACUCCAUGUAGUGAGACAACUUACCCGAUGGUGGGGCAACAUGUCACAUGUUCACACUCUCUAUUUGAUUGCUUAUAACUCUGCACUGACACAUAAUAUGAAAAUGACAUGAAUAUGAAAUAUAUACCUGAGACUUUGGUCUUUCAUCUGGUUCACAUUUUGUUCAUAUAUGAUGUGUUGAUUCCAAGAAAUAUAUGAGUGUAAAAAGUGUGACAACAAGCCCCGGUCUCCCCUAUUUGUUACUCAGUUGUGUAAAACAUAGCACAGACACACACAUGAAGACAUUUAGAAACCCUAAUGGGCCUGUGUGGGAGCUUUAAUUCAUUUACUCAGAUGAAAAUCCACGCUGAUAUAUGACGGGAUACAUCUAUCACUUAAUCCUCUUUAAUUCUGGCUCUAGCUGAGAUUAAAGUUGUCCAUCAAAUAUAAAUAACAUUUGUUCCAUAUUCAGCCUUUGUGCUCACUUAAGUCUGCUCAGCAGUUGGUGUAUAAAUGUCAGGAUCACUUUUAGAUUUUAAGGGGAUUUUCAGUUUUAUGGAAAAGUGAUAAAAUGUUAAAAUAGCCAAUUACACACAGAAAUAUUACCACCUUGAUUUAAACACACUGAAAGUGGGGUGAAGCUUAUUUGUAAAAUUUUAAAUACAUUGUUGUUUGAUCUUUAAUAAUACGUUAGAUUUACUGAGCUGAUCAGAUGGAGAGCUUUCAAAUACAUGUACUUGAGUCAAAAGUAAAAUUCCUUUCUAUGUAAGUUUGAUCACUAAACAGGCUGAUCAAUUAAGAUAGAAAGUUUGAUGACUAUUGGUUGUCUUUGCACAUUUCUGUCAGGUAUCGUGUCUCUGGUGUCUCUCUCUCUGCUGUCUUUGGAGCGGUACUCUGUUCUGCUCUGCAGCAGCAUCCAGUCGGACUCCUCUCAGUACCGCAGAGCCAGGCUGGCAGUCGCCGUCUCCUGGCUUUAUUCAUUGUUCUGGACUGUACCUCCUCUGCUGGGCUGGAGCAGGUCUGUACUUCUCUUGUUGGACCAUACAGUGAUAAAGGUUGGUGAUGCCAAAGACAGGAGAAAUUAUGGUUAAAGGGAUAUUCUGGUGUAAAAUUAAGUUAGGGUCCAACACACCGUAACACUGAGCUUGCUUCUUUAGUUAAACCAACUUUAGUAACAUCCAAACGAUAGCAAUACAGAGAGCCACACACUCAACCAAAACACCACUCUAUAGCCACAAAUAAUGUUCAGAACAGCACCUAACUUCAUCAACAGGACAUAUAGGGUCCCAGCCAUAGUACUAGCCACCAAACGUCUUUUUAACUUUGCCUGAUUUCUUUAGCAAAGAGACUAAACACAACUCACCUACUCUCUUCCAGCAGCUGGUUGGUGACUGCAGCGGAGUUUCGCAGCUCAAGGAAGAACAUUUAUGAUCAUUACUUUAUCGUUUCUUUUAAGUAAUAAUCACCAUAUUAAUCAUUUUGCACUGUAGACGUGGUAGUUCUUCUGCCUCAGCGUCUCAGUCUGAUUGCAUUUCCAUGAAGUAAUUAUCAUAAAUGUUCUUCCUUGAGCUGCGAAACUCCAAUGUAAUCGAUGCACUCGCCCAGAGGUCUCCAUACAAACAAGUGGCUGCUGGAAGAGAGAUGGUGAGUUGUGUGAAACAAGAAAUCAGGCAAAGCUAAAAAGAUGUUUGAUGGCUAGUACUAUGGCUGUGACCCUAUAUGUACUGUUGAUGAAGUUAGGUGCUGUUCUGAGCAUUAUUUGUGGCUAUAGAGUGGCGUUUUGAUUGAGCACGUGGCUCUCUGAAUUGCUAUCCUGUGGUCGUUACUAAAGUUGAUAAGACUAGAGAAGCAAGCAGUCGGCAACAUUCAUCCCUCGAAGGGUUGGCUAACUCGGUGUUACGGUGUGUUUGACCCUAAAUUAAUUUUACACUGGAAUAUCCCUUUAACUUUCUUUAAGACCCAUAUAUUCAGUUAACUGUAUAACUUGUGAUAUUGAAAAAGCAAUGGCAUUGAAAAAGAGAAAAGGUUUGUCUUGCAUCUUUAGCUGCGGUGGACAAACCUCAAAAGUCUGUGGUCUUGUCUUCAAUAUUCAAUUUUGGUUAGAUUUCUUCACAGCUCUGAGAGGUAUUGUCCCUACGUGUAUAAAGGUGUAAAAGAAAUCAAGUCCAUUUUAAACUCACAGGUGGAGAGAUACAAACUGUCUCAUGACACUUAAAAAGAAAAAAAAAUCAAAGUGUGUGUUGUCUGUGAUGAAGCAGCUAUGGACCAGAGGUUCCCAGUAUCACCUGCUCGAUCCAGUGGCACCAGCGUUCAGCCGUAGCUCGCUCCUACAUCAGCGGCUUGUUUGUCUUCUGCCUUCUGCUGCCACUUCUGCUGAUGCUCUUCUGCUACGGGAGGAUCCUGUUGGCUGCAAGAGCAGUCACAAGACAGGUGAGUGUGCAGAGAGUGCCGUCUGACCUCUGAUUAGCUCUUCUCAUGUCUAACUGCCAUGUGUUUGUAAAGCAGUCUCUGUGUGAAUGAAACAAGUUAACAUGCUGGGGUCAGAGUUCGGAAGAGACUGUAUAUUCUCUCUCAAAGGUAAACAUCAACUUCUUGUGAAGCAGACAUGUGGUAUGUGAUUGGAAAUGUCUUUUAAAAGACACACAAAGUACUUAAUAAGUAAUAUUUUUACCAUCUUCAGUCGGAAAACCAGAAACCCUAAUCACAAAGAUUUUAAAAUGUUAACUUUUAAAGCACUAUCUGGACUCGCCCCAAAGCAUUUAGCUGAUCUCCUUAAGCCUAACGAACCCCUUCGAACCCUGAUGUCCAUUUUAGUCUAAAAAGGGGAUUUUUUCACUUCGGUUGGGGCCAAACUCUCUGGAACAAACUGCCUGAGGAGAUCAGACGGGCAAGUUCCUCAUCCUCUUUUAAAAAAACUGUCGAAAAAAAAAAGUAUAAAGUAAAAGUGGUAUAGAUGUCUCCCUGCUGUAUGUUUUGUUGAGUGUUUUAUAGUGUUCUUGCAGUUUUCUUUCUUUGUUUCUGUUUUUAUGUUGUGAAGCACUUUGUAACUGUGUUUUGAAAAGUGCCACAUCCUUAAGUUUCUUGUUAUGAUUACAAUGUUUAUUAUGAUUAUAUGAUGAUUGAUUAUGACUAUGACUGUCAUGAUGCUGAUGAUUAUCAUUUUUAUCAUAAGCAGUAGAAGUAGUAGUAUCCCCUAAUCCAAAUCAGGGCCCCAAAUGGAAAGCAUCUAAAAAGUGUAUUUCUAGAUCAACAGGUCUUUUGCAGAGCAGAAGGAAAGCCGUGUGCUCCUGAUGGUGGUCUCCAUGGUGACAGGAUAUCUCCUAUGUUGGAUGCCAUACGGUGUCAUGGCGAUGCUGUCCUCAUUUGGACGUCCCGGCAUAGUGUUGCCUGCAGCAAGAAUAAUCCCCUCCCUCCUGGCAAAGACCAGCACUGUCCUCAACCCAUUUAUCUAUGUGCUGCUAAACAACCAGGUAACAUCCACAACAGUGUGAAUAAUUAAGAUUUGUCUUAUCACAACGGAACACGUCAUUUCUUUUACAACACUUUGGUCUUAGCUUCACCACCAACAGCACCUAACUUCAUCAACAGGACAUAUAGGGUCCCAGCUAUAGUAGUAGCCACCAAACAUCUUUUUAGCUUUGACUAAUUUCUUUAGUAAAGUAAGGUGUGGAGCCAGCUGCAGUAGUCUGGUACAUUUAUGUCCCCAGUUACUCAUCAGCGAUUUUUUUCUACCUUCAAAGCUCGAGUGAAAAAAAUAAGUCAGCUUUUUUUCUGCUUUCAUUUCCUGUGCCAUCUCUCAGUUCUCCAGGUGUUUCCUGUACAUGAUCAGGUGCAGCUCUGAAGCUCCGCCCACCCAGGUGCAGCACCACACAUUGUCCAGCAUCACAGGGGGAUGGUCUCACACUCCCAAACCGUCAUCAGAGGUACAAAACACUGUGCCUGUUACCUCCAGAGACCAACAGAUACAGGAACCCUAGCACCAACGACUCAGUCACCCGAUCUCUAUCUCCACAUAAGGUGAACUAUCAUGGUGUCAGGCAUGUAGUGUGUGACGUGUGUGAGGCCGUGCUUGGAAACAAUCUGUGCCAUUAAGUGUAAAAAACGAGCCUGUUUCAAUAUGCAGCAGAUGUCUUUAAGCACACAAGGAUUUUCUCCCACCUCAGCUACUGUGACACAAUCAGCAUCUAUGACGAUGAAUAUCUACAACAGAGCGUUUAAAGUCCUAGAUUGGUAGCCGAUAAGGUCACAUCACUGCCACAUUCCUAAAGAAAUUUCACGUUAAGUUUGAAUGAUUUUAUUAAAUUUGCCAACCUCAUGGAGACUGUAAUGUGUAAUUUCAUAAAUCCUCACUUGGACAAACAGAAUUAUCUGUUCAGGGGGUCAAAAUGUGGAACGCUUCACCAGCAGAGCUCAAACUUGAUCCAGAUUCAGAUCAUUUUAGACGUGGACUAAAGCAGUUUUUAAAGAGGAUUCAGUCUGUGCACUUCCUGUCUAACUCUGUGCUAUUGUGUGAUUCUGUAUUUUGUGUCUUUAUAAUAUUGUGUGCUUAUUUUGUGUGAAUUUGUUGCCACUGUGUGUAUUUUGGGAAUUGUCUGUAUUUCAAAAGCUUAGCAAGGGACGGAAAUGGCAAAUUAGCUCGAGUGACAGAUGCUGUAGUACAUGGCAAUGGUUUACUUACUUCAUACCUGACCCUACAAAUAAACACUAAAUAAAUAUUAAAUAAAAUAUGUAUCUUCUGUUCCAGUGUUUAUUUUA